AUGCUCAAACAACACCGGGAGGCUGCCAAUGGAAAGGUUCAUCUUACAUGCAAUCAAAGGGUGUUCCAAGGCGAUGGUGGAGUCCGCGUCUCCGGCAUUCCUUAUCAGGCUCUCAAAAACGACCCUGUCGACGCCCUGGUGUGGCCUGUCUCCACCUUCGGCAGCAAGCUUGUGGUGAUCUCCCAAUUCGCACAUAGCUCUCCGACUAACCACACAGCUUCGUCGGAUAUUCUUGACAAUGGUCUCACUCUCGAUCAUGAUACACUGCAGGCCUUGGAUGCUAUCAAGUGGCUCGUCAUUCAAUGUAGCCAACCUACCAGUAAGAUCAAGUAUGUCUUUGCCUGCAUUUUGGCCGGCUCAGCGCUGGCUGCUAUCGUGGCCAUCCUGAUACCGUUGAGAGAGCCUUCCCGAUCAAAGCAAAUCGGAGAGGCUAAGCCGCGCGUGAGAGUCUACAAUCUUCGGUACAAGGGCGGGAUGCAGGGCAAUAUUCGUGUCCACGAGCCUGUGAGGCUUUUCGGUCACGAUGUAGCGAUAACAAGAGCCGUCACUUCAGAUGCAGAAGCUAUUCAGCAAAUUGUGAUCUCUGCCUACUCGAAGUAUGUCCCUCGCAUGGGCGGUCGAAAACCAGCGCCCAUGACUGCCGACUAUCAGAGCAUCAUCACAUCCCACUCCCAGGAAGUUUUCGUACUCCGCAAGCAAAAAGAUGGCACAGUGCUGGGAUCCAUACUACUCUCGGACCCUGGUGAUGGUUCCAUCAAGGUGAACAAUCUCGUUGUAGAUUCGGCGGCUCAGGGACGUGGGUACGGCAAAUUGCUCAUGGGCUUCGCGGAGGACGUGGCGCACGAGAGAGGCCGGGAAGCAUUGUCAUUGUUUACCAAUGAGAAGAUGACUGAGAAUAUCGUCCUUUAUCCCAAAAUGGGGUUUGUUGAGGUAGAGAGGAAGGUGGAGGAUGGAUACUCUCGAGUGUACUUUCGGAAGACCCUGUCAUCUUGA